GCCACUGCAUUUGUGACAAAGAUGGACAGGACCCCCAAAUCCUUUUAGCCUUACAUAAUUUCAUGCGUACUCAGCCUUUCGCAGUUCUUUUUCAAAGGGAGCGUGUGUACUUUGAGUGGCACCCUAAAAAAAACCCUACUUAUUAAUUUGCUCCGACGCCCCAACUCAGGUAUACACCUUCCACAUCGUCAGCCUCAAAGGGGACCUCAAGUUCUUGGGGCAGGCUCUGUCGCUGAUAGCGCUGGCUCAGCAAUCCAGGGAGGUUCUUCCAGCUCUGAAUCCUGCCACCCCCCAGAGAUGUUGGUGUAGACCAUACUGAAAUCUUUUCUGCCCAUCGUAGCUGGGCACCGGAAACAAACCUUCAGGGGACAAAGUCAGACAAACAUCUUUUUUGGGUCAAAGGGUUUUGUGCUCCAAGCCUCCUCGCAGCCCGGGCUAUGCCAGCUGCACGGAUUCAGCAUGAGGAUGGUAUCCCUUGAUUGGAUGCAUUGCUUCAAUUUGGGAGUUUGCAGGGAUGAGACAGGGUCAUGUUUGAAAAUACUCUGGAAGAACCGACAGUACUUUGAGGGGUCGAGCCUGGACAAUCGGGAGCUCCGCGCCUUCUUGCAACGUGAGGGGCUCCACAUGCACCUCAAGUACGUCAAGGAAAACACUCUGAUUUGGAAGAAUGAUGCUUGCCCCGAACUUUUAUGUUCUGCCAGUGAUGCGACUGCUGUUCUUAGGUUUCUCUCCCAGAAGCUUGCCCAGAAACCAUCCCCUUUUCCUUUUGAGGGCCUAAGUGCCUGCAUGUGGGUGGCAGAGCAGCUCAAUGCAACUAUCUUGCGAUCAAAUGUUUUUAUGACAGAGCCCGAGGUGCAGGCAGUCGAUGCACUAGGGUCAUCCUUUCUUCGCAUGUACUUGUCUUUGGCAAAUAAAGCUCAAGAGCAAAAUGCAUUAUGGUUCAAAUUGAGGCCUAAGUUUCACUUUGUGCAGCAUUUGCUGCUGGAUGCCACGGCGCGACCGUCUAGGAAUGACGACACUUUGUGCUAUGACCUGGCGGUGGUCGCCAUCACGCGAAGGGGCUCGCCGGAAGUUGCUGGAGCUCAAGGAGGAAAAGGAAGUGGAGCUGUUGGUGGAGACAGUGAGCUUCCUCUGAGCCCGUGGGGACCUGUUAGCGUUGUUUUUUUCGGCCUUUCCCGCAGGGCUUUUGAUUAUUGUCGUGGCUUGUUUAUGGCUUGACACUGUAGAUGUUCCGCGCAUACAUGUUUAGCCCACUGGUGAAGUUGAACGCGCAGGUUGCCAUGAACACCUGUACUAUCCUGUUUAGCAUUCGUGCCUCGUGCCUUUUCCGGCUUUGUUUUUUUUAGUGUGCCGACACGUAGACCUUUGGAUUUAGGCUUGGCCGACCCCACCUGCCCCAAAGGGCAGUAGAGACAGUUCCUCCGCCAACUCGCCCAGCCGAAGUUGGCGGAUUAGGAUUCUAAUCUUUUGCAAAUCGCAAAACGGAUUCGAAUCAGUCCAAGCUCAAGGUGCGCACCGGGUAAGGCGCAUGCGUCGCCCAUUGCCAGCCAAAUGGGUUGCCAAACCUGCAGUUGCAAGCUGCCGACGGCUUGUGCUUUUCGGGUCGCCCACUGUUCACAAGAACUUGGCUUCAGCAAAAGAUGGGGCGCAGGAUGACUGAAUGUGGU